UUGUUUUUGGGCUUUUUUUAUUGACACACGAGUAUGGUAAGCAUGGAGGCAACUGCUUCCAUCGACAAGUACGAACAUACUGCAUCGGACGUUAUGUAUGUAGUAAAUAAUAUACCGGGGCCCGGCGUAGACGUAGCGGACUUUGAAGCGGAAUAUGUCGUGGGUUGUUCCUGCAUGGUUAAAUGUGAUAAUUGUUCGUGCACUCGCGGUUCCGCUAAUUACUUUAAUGCUCGAAUCGUCGACGAGAAAUUGGCCGGUCCGGUAUUCGAGUGCAACUCUCAUUGCAAAUGUGGACCAAAUUGCGGAAAUAGAUUAGUGCAGAAUGGUCCGCUAAAUUGUUUGAUUGUCAAAGAAGUUGCUGGCAAGGGUCUCGGUCUCUUCACGACUAGAUUAAUCAAAAAGGGUCAAUUCAUCUGCGAGUACGCUGGUGAAGUAAUCGGUUCGCAAGAGGCGCAACGUAGAAUUGAAGCUAAUAAAAGGCAUAAUAUGAUGAAUUAUGUUCUCGUGGUAAGGGAACACAUUGGUGAUCAUGUUAUCGUCACUUGCAUAGAUCCAAAAUACUUUGGUAACAUUGGACGUUAUGCCAAUCAUAGUUGUGACCCCAAAUCUAAUCUUGUCCCGGUCAGAGUAGAAGGAAUCGUGCCUCGAUUAGGUUUGUUUGCGUCUAGAGAUAUAAAGAGUGGAGAAGAAGUGACUUUUGAUUAUGCUGAUGGUGCAAUGGCCAAUUCCGUCCAUUAUCUCAGUGAUACUCCUUGUCUUUGUGGUUCUAACAAUUGUUUCAAUUAUUUACCACACAAUCGGAUUUGACAGUAUGAAGUAUUCUCGUACAAUAAUAGUGACAAAGAAAUUAGGCUAAAAAUGUUCAAAAUUUAAAUAUCACAGAUUUCUAAACUUAUUGUAAAUUAGAAAAAGUUAUACCUUUAAGUUUAAUAUUGUGAAAAUCAAAACAUUUGCAGAUCAUUAUAAUUUUCAUUGAAUUUUUAGAAAUUAUGUGUCUAAAAAUAUAACUUUAUACAUCUAUGAAAGAAAAAAAGAGUGUAUAAAAUAGAUAGUAAAUUAUAUAUAUAUAUAUACACCUGUGUGUGUAUUUACGGCAUGAUUCUUUGAAUGAAUCAAUAUUAUUACUUGUUAAAAUAUAGUAUGUUCCAAGAGAAAUAAGACACCCUGUGUAUCAUCAUGUUGCAGCUAUGUGAUUUACAAUAUUUGAACAGAAAUUAAUUAUUAUACUUAAAAAUAUAUACUUAUAUAUAUUUAAAUAGAAUUUUGUUAUUUGAUAUUUUAAGUAGUAUUUAAUUGCUGCGUUUUUCUUUCUAUUACAUAUAGUUUAUUGAUAUAAUAUUAUUGUGCAAAAAAGAUGAAGAAGGUGAUCUCUUCAUUGUUCUGUCAAAUCAUUUAUGUAUGUGCCAACGGAAUUAUUCUUAUUAGUUAAAAAUGGUAUGUCUCCUAUUUGAUAUUGAAUCUUUAACAUUUUCUUUACAUUUAACUCAAAAUAAAUAAUCGAUACAAAAUGUUCAUGUAGUCGAAAAAAAAAAAAAAAAUGGCAAUGUUUCAAAAUUGCGAAUGUUGAUAUAAUUGUGUAUGUAUUUGACGGAUAUAGGAUAUAUAUAUAUAUAUAUAUAUAUAUAUAUAUAUAUAUAUAUAUUUAUAAAAUCAUAACAUUAUAUAUCUGCUUUUUAUUAAAAUAACGAAUAUCGAUAAUCGAAUUUUUCGAUAUUACAGAAGUAUCACUUAAUUUAAAAAAAUUAAUAUGAUGUAUUCAUAUCAAUCGUUUAUAUUUUAUCUUAGAAAACUUAAAGAUAUCUAUAUAUACACAUAUUUAUAGACAUAGGAUGCUUCUAGAUUCUAUAACAUCGAGAAAGUCGUAACUUAUUAAAUUUUUAGAUUAUCGAAAAAUCAACGAUAUAGUAUAUUUUAGUAUCAAAAUAUAUGCAUGCAUAUAUACACACAACUGUGCUGAUUAAAAUAAUAGCAACCUUAAGUUAUACAUAUAAUGUCGAUUAAAUUUUUAUAAGAAACGUAGAACGUAUUUUUCUGUAAUGUUUUAAAAGAAAUUGAUGCUUAUUAAUUAAUUUAUACUACAUCGAAUGAAAAAUGUAGUUCACAAUAACUGCCUUUGAUAUAUAUCGACGACGAUUUGUGAAAGUACAAUUAUUUUUAAUAAAAGUUCAAAGUCACUAA